GACGUGUCUGGGCACGGCACCGUCCUGCCCCCGGCUCUAAGGAUGCACAGGCUGCUCCUGCUCGGCUGCCUCUGGCUCCUGGCAGCACCCCCAGUGUCCGGCAUCUUCCAGAGGCCAACGGGGACCCCAGCCCCUCUGCGCCUGCAGUACCUGCUGGAGCCCCUCCACCCCACGGUGCACACGCAGCGUGGUGCCACGGCCACCCUGCCCUGCGUCCUGCGAGCCCUGCCCCACAACUACCGCGUCAAGUGGAGCAAGGUGGAGCCGGCCAACUACCGGGAGAACAUCAUCAUCAUCACCAACGGGCUGUACCACAAGAACUACGGGCCGCUGAGCCCGCGGGUGCGCCUGCGGCACAGCCACCGCUACGACGCCUCGCUCACCAUCACCGACGUGGCGCUGGAGGACGAGGGCCGGUACCGCUGCCAGCUCGUCAACGGGCUGGAGGAUGAGAGCAUCUCACUCACGCUGCACCUUGAGGGCGUCGUCUUCCCUUACCAGCCCAGCAACGGGCGCUACAAAUUCAACUACCACGAAGCCAAGCGAGCCUGCGAGCAGCAGGACUCCCGCCUCGCCACCUACCAGCAGCUGUACAAAGCCUGGACGGAGGGUCUGGACUGGUGCAACGCCGGUUGGAUCCUUGAUGGGACCGUUCACUACCCCAUCAUCAACUCACGGGAGCCAUGUGGUGGCCGCCUCCUCCUGCCCGGAGUCCGGACCUACGGUGCCAGGGACAAGCAGAAGGACCGGUUCGACGCUUUCUGCUUUACCUCUGCUCUCCAAGGUAGUGCUGCAGUCCCCUGUCCUUCUCACAGUGUCACCAAGUCCUGCUGCCCACCCAGACUGGUUGUUUUCGGGUAGGGCCGGGUCUACUUCAUCCGGGGCCACCUGAACUUCAAGGAGGCCGGGCAGGCGUGUCGCAACCACGGGGCUGCCCUUGCCAAAGUGGGACAGCUCUACUCUGCCUGGAAGUUUUCUCAGCUGGAUCGCUGUGACGGGGGGUGGCUGGAGGACGGCAGUGUCCGGUACCCCAUCACCACCCCCCGCGAGCGCUGCGGGGGCCUGCCCGACCCUGGCGUCCGCAGCUUCGGCUUCCCCAGCAAGGAGAUGAGGACCUACGGCACCUACUGCUUCGUGGGGAAGUAA